AUGUUUGACACAGAGGGAAUUCUUGUCAUUUUCCUUGACGUCACCUGUGUUGCACUCGCUGGACUCCCAUUUGUAUUACUUACAUUACAACAUAAUCCAAUCAAAAGAGGCUUUUUCUGUAAUGAUGACACGAUCAAGUACCCUUUUAAAGAAGAUACAAUCUCUUGCCAACUCUUGUGUGGAGUAAUGAUUCCACUCACAUUAUCUGUAGUGAUCUUCGGGGAGUGCCUUCCCAUAUACAAGAUACUAAGAUCACCUUUCAGUAAGAGGUAUAUAUCACCAGUGUAUAAAGCUGUAGGAUCUUUUCUGUUUGGAGCAGCAGUCAGCCAGUCACUGACUGAUAUUACAAAGUACUCCACUGGUCGACUGAGACCUUACUUCUUGGAUGUGUGCAAACCUAACUGGAGGCAGAUUGACUGUAGCACAAAUGGUUACAUUGAGAACAUCACUUGCACUGGAGACCAGACCAUGAUCAACGAAGGAAGGCUUUCUUUCUAUUCUGGACAUGCUUCUUUCUCUAUGUACUGUAUGCUGUUUCUCGCGCUGUACCUUCAAGCUCGACUUCAGACAGGGUGGGCUAGGCUACUGCGUCCCACAAUCCAGUUCCUCCUCAUUACCACGUCUUUGUAUGUGGGAUUGUCUCGAGUGUCAGAUUACAAACAUCACUGGAGUGAUGUUCUCGUUGGACUGAUACAGGGGAGUGUUGUGGCAAUACUGACUGUGUUUUUUGUAUCUAAUUUCUUCGAGACACCAGUGGGAGAAGACAGUGAGGAAGAGAUGUCACAUGCAAAUUUACAGGACGGCUCAGCCCUAACAAACAACUAUGGAAGCACCAGUGGGGCCAAAUGA